UAGCAAAAUGCAGCCGCUGCCAGUUUUCUCUUGGAGUAUCACAAAUAACUUGGAGUCCCACUGAACUCAUCUACCCGGAAAACUCACUCGGAGUCCGUCGUCGGCCGCCACAAUCACCGAUAAACUCGUCCAGAAGAAAAACAGUAACAAUCAUGGUACAGUGGCAGAGGCACAUUUUCCCAAUUCUUCGUCGCAUUCAUAAGGGAAUCGACAAUGCCAAUCAUUCGGCUUCAAAUCUUUUAAUUUCUCGCUUCAGUUCUUCUCUUUCACAAGGUCAGUUACAGAGGCAAUGGUCCACAAGUUUGCCUAGCUUUUCAAGGCCUAUUUAUCACUGUUUGCAACGAUAUCAGGGAAUUUCAAGUUCUACUCAGUUGCUUGCAAAAUCAUCCGAGGAAACACCUGUUUCGUCACCUUUAGUUCCAAUUUCGUUAUUAGGGAGAUCAACAGGUGAAGAACAGAAUCAGAAAACUAUUACUAAGGCAGACAAAGUUCAAGCAAUACUAAAGGGAAUAAAGCAGAGUCCAAAGAAGGUCAACUUGGUUGCUGCUUUGGUUCGUGGUAUGCUUGUUAAAGAUGCAUUGAUGCAGUUACAAGUGACAGUAAAACGGGCUGCAAAAACUGUAUAUCAGGUUAUUCAUUCAGCCCGUGCAAACGCCUCUCACAAUCAUGGGUUGGAUCCGGAGCGCCUCAUUGUUGCCGAAGCAUUCGUAGGAAAGGGAUAUUUUAAGAAGAGAGUUUCCUACCAUGCCAGAGGAAGAUCUGGAAUCAGAUUCAGAGCAGAAUGCAGGCUAACAAUUGUACUAAGAGAGAUAACCCCUGAAGAAGAAGCAGAUAUUGCUAGGCUGAAGGUCCAUAACUUUAAGAAGCUUACUAAGAGGGAGUCUCGACUUGUACCGCACCAGCUUAUUGAGACCAAUCCUGUUUGGGGACGGAAAAACAAAUCUAACAGUCAAAACUUAGAUGCUGCAGCUGCAUGAUCCUUACUUGUUUGCAAGUUUCAUGGUUUGCUUUAUGGCGAUGGCAUUUUUUUUGUCGAAUUGAUUCUUGUGCAUCGUCAAAAAUAGUUGAGAAAUAUGCAAACCAUGUUUCACACUGAGACUAAUUCUAUAAAUGCCUAGGUUAUGUAUUAGAAAUUUGUUUGCCCCUUUAUGCAAAUAAUUAAAUUUUGUGCUGGAACAUCCGUUUUAUUCUCAUUUAUCAGCUUUGUUUGGUUUCUACAAUAAUGGCAUGUCUAGUCAUAAACAUUGAUGGUAAACUAGUAAGUUGACUAGGUGUAUAAUAUUAGAGUUGGCAGAAAUGGAUGUUGAAUCAGUGUUUGAAACCA